UGUGUCUCUGCAGAGCUGAGGACCCCGUGUGUCUGGUCAGCCCAGCCUGGAUGCAAAGGAGGACGCGGGCGGCGCAGUGAGCAAGGCCUGGUGGCUGCAGCAGUUCAGACCCAGCGUUGCCCAUGGAGCUGCAGGCCGAGGGGGCCCCUCCCCAUACGCGCCGGCCAGGCUUGGAGAGGCCAGAGGCCUAGGCCCACAGGGCAGGGGGUUGGCAGACAGAUGCUCCCCAGGCCGUGGAGUCUCUUGAGUCGGCUGCCGGGUGGGGGUGCCAAGGGAGGAGGAUGCCGGCCAAGGGGCGCUACUUCCUCAACGAGGGUGAGGCGGGCCCGGACCAGGAUGCGCUCUACGAGAAGUACCGCCUCACCAGCCAGCACGGGCCCCUGCUGCUCACCCUCCUGGUGGUGGCUGUCGUCGCCUGCAUCGCUCUCAUCGUCAUCGUUUUCAGCCAGGGGGACCCCUCCGGGCACCAGGCUGUCCUGGGGACGGCAUUCUUCACGCUCGCCGUGUUCGUGGCUCUCUACGUGCUGGUGUAUGUCGAGUGCCUCGUCCGGCGGUGGCUCAGGGCCUCAGCACUGCUCAUCUGGGCCUGCCUUGUGACGCUGGGCUACGUGUUGGUGUUCGACGCCCAGAGCAAGGGGGCCUGCGCGUGGGAGCAGGUGCCCUUCUUCCUGUUCGUCGUCUUCGUGGUGUACACGCUGCUGCCCUUCAGCAUGCAGGGAGCUGUCGUGGUGGGGGUUGUCUCCAGCACCUCCCACCUCCUGGUGCUCGGCGCUGUCAUGGGGGCCUUCACGAAGCCCAGCGUCAGCCUGGGGCUGCAGCUGCUGGCUGAUGCUGUCGUCUUCCUGUGCGUGAACCUCACGGGCGCCUUCCACAAGUACCAGAUGCAGGACGCCUCCCGUGACCUCUUCACCUACACCGUGAAGUGCAUCCAGAUCCGUCGUAAGCUGCGCAUCGAGAAGCGCCAGCAGGAGAACCUGCUGCUGUCGGUGCUGCCGGCCCACAUCUCCAUGGGCAUGAAGCUAGCCAUCAUCGAGAGGCUCAAGGAGCGUGGGGACCGCCGCUACAUGCCCGACAACAACUUCCACAGCCUCUACGUCAAGCGGCACCAGAACGUCAGCAUCCUCUACGCUGAUAUCGUGGGCUUCACGCAGCUGGCCAGCGACUGUUCCCCCAAAGAGUUGGUGGUGGUGCUGAACGAGCUCUUUGGCAAGUUCGACCAGAUCGCCAAGGCCAACGAGUGUAUGCGGAUCAAGAUCCUGGGCGACUGCUACUACUGUGUGUCGGGCCUGCCCGUGUCCCUGCCUACCCACGCCCGGAACUGCGUGAAGAUGGGGCUGGACAUGUGUGAGGCCAUCAAGCAGGUGCGGGAGGCCACGGGCGUGGACAUCAGCAUGCGUGUGGGCAUACACUCUGGGAACGUGCUGUGUGGGGUCAUCGGGCUGCGCAAGUGGCAGUACGACGUGUGGUCUCACGACGUGUCCCUGGCCAACCGGAUGGAGGCGGCUGGAGUCCCCGGCCGCGUGCACAUCACAGAGGCCACGCUGAAGCACCUGGAUAAGGCGUACGAGGUGGAAGACGGGCACGGGCAGCAGCGAGACCCCUACCUGAAAGAGAUGAACAUCCGCACCUACCUGGUCAUCGACCCCCGGAGCCAGCAGCCGCCCCCGCCCAGCCACCACCUCCCCAAGCCCAAGGGGGAUGCGGCCCUGAAGAUGCGCGCGUCCGUGCGCAUGACCCGCUACCUGGAGUCCUGGGGGGCGGCGCGCCCCUUCGCGCACCUCAACCACCGCGAGAGCGUGAGCAGCAGUGAGACUCCGGUCCCCAACGGGCGGAGGCCCAAGGCCAUUCCCCUGCGGCGCCACCGGACCCCUGACAGAAGUACGUCCCCCAGGGGGCGGGCGGAGGACGACUCCUAUGAUGAUGAGAUGCUGUCAGCCAUCGAGGGGCUUAGCUCCACCAGGCCCUGCUGCUCCAAGUCCGACGACUUCUACACCUUUGGGUCCAUCUUCCUGGAGAAGGGCUUCGAGCAGGAGUACCGCCUGGCGCCCAUCCCCCGGGCCCGCCACUACUUCGCCUGUGCCGGCCUCAUCUUCAUCUGCAUCCUGCUCGUCCAUGUCCUGCUGAUGCCCAGGACGGCGGCUCUGGGUGUGUCCUUUGGGCUGGUGGCCUGUGUGCUGGGGCUGGUGCUCAGCCUGUGCUUUGCCGAUGAGCUCUUGAGGUGCUGCCCGGCCUGGGGGUCGCUCCGGGCCGUCUCCGAGCGGGUGGAGACGCAGCCCCUGCUGCGGUUGUCGCUGGCGGUGCUGACCAUUGGCAGCGUGCUCACCGUUGCCGUCGUCAACCUGCCGCUGAUGCCUCUCCCAGCCCUGGGGCUGCCUGCUGGGAACGAGACGAGCCCGAGGGCCGUGAGCAGCAGGGAGAGGACCCUGUGCGAGCUCCUCCCGUAUUACACUUGCAGCUGCAUCCUGGCCUUCGUCGCGUGCUCCGUGUUCCUGCGGAUGAGCCUGGAGCUGAAGAUCGUGCUGUUGACAGUGGCCCUGGUGGCCUACCUGGUGCUCUUCAACAUCUCCCCGUGCUGGCAGUGGGGCUGCUGUGGCCACAGCCUGGGCAACCUCACCAUGACCAACAGCACCCUCAGCUCCCCACUCUGCUCGUCAUGGGAUCUGAAGACGACGAUCAACUUCUCCCUGGUCCUGUUCUACACAACCCUCAUCAUGCUCUGCAGACAGAUUGACUAUUACUGCCGCUUGGAUUGUUUGUGGAAGAAGAAAUUCAAGAAGGAACAUGAGGAGUUUGAGACCAUGGAGAAUGUGAACCGCCUUCUUCUGGAGAACGUCCUGCCAGCCCACGUGGCUGCCCACUUCAUUGGUGACAAGUUAAAUGAGGACUGGUACCAUCAGUCGUACGACUGCGUCUGUGUCAUGUUCGCGUCCGUGCCAGACUUCAAGGUGUUCUACACGGAGUGCGAUGUCAACAAGGAGGGCCUGGAGUGCCUUCGCCUGCUCAACGAGAUCAUCGCCGACUUCGACGAGCUGCUGUUAAAGCCCAAGUUCAGCGGUGUGGAGAAGAUCAAGACCAUCGGCAGCACGUACAUGGCAGCUGCAGGGCUCAGCGUCCCCUCGGGGCACGACAACCAGGACCUGGAGCGGCAGCACGCCCACAUUGGCAUCAUGGUGGAGUUCAGCAUCGCCCUGAUGAGCAAGCUGGACGGCAUCAACAGGCACUCCUUCAACUCCUUCCGCCUCCGAGUGGGCAUAAACCACGGGCCUGUGAUUGCUGGAGUGAUUGGGGCACGAAAACCUCAGUAUGACAUCUGGGGAAACACAGUCAACGUUGCCAGCCGCAUGGAGAGCACUGGGGAACUCGGGAAAAUCCAGGUUACUGAAGAAACAAGUACCAUCCUCCAGGGCCUAGGUUAUUCUUGUGAGUGCCGCGGACUGAUCAACGUCAAAGGCAAAGGCGAACUGAGGACUUACUUUGUCUGCACAGACACUGCCAAGUUUCAAGGGCUGGGGCUGAACUGAGAGGGCUUUUGGUAGAUGCAGAACAUGCUGGAAGCCAGUUUCCCUCCCUGAAGCAAGCCAAGAGGAAGAGCAGCCCUACAGCAGUCUCAAAAGCAUCCCAAGGGUUUGGCCACCACCCUGACAGACGGCGGUGCCUGGCUUCCUUGGAUGGGCACUAGAGGAUUUCUCGGAACGUGCGCCAGAGCCUGGCUUGAGGCGACCACUGAGCCUUAGCGUGCACAGGUGGCCAGAACCUCCACACCAGCGGAAUCUACAGCACAGCCUCCAGCACAGCAGGAAAGGGCUCGUUUGUGGGCUUCAGACCCUCGUGCCCCUAGGUGCUGUGGAGGAGAUCGGAGAGCACUGACUUGAACACACAUUC